AUGUUUUUUCUCACAAUUCUUCUGUUUUCCUACCCUCAAAUGUCUCGGCAGAUACAGAAAACUACUGCAAAUGCCAAAGAGAUGCUAUCCAAUCCCAAGCUUAUACUGGUUCAGGGGACUCUCAACGUGGUGAUGAAGCAGAAUGUCACUCUCUCCUGCCUCUCUCAGCCUGGAUCUCCACCUGUCAGAUACACACUGUUCAAGCACAACCAGCAGGUAUCUGCUUUGAACAGGUCAGACUUGACCCCUGCCCUGUUCACCCUGACCCUCAGCUCUGCCAGCGAUGUGGGGGAAUACAAGUGCAAAGCUGAGUAUAACAACUUCAGUGGUGGAAAAUACAGCAACAGCCUCAACUUCACCCUCAUAGAGCCAAUUUCCAAACCAGUGCUGAGCUCACCCACCUCUCAGGCAAAGAAAGGCCAGAACGUGACCCUGUCCUGUUUCUCGGAGAACGGAUCCCUUCCCAUCACAUAUCUAUUCUUCAAAGGAAAACAAAAUAUUUCUCCCCAAAAGACGAUGCAGAAGAGGGAAGCAGCUGUGAUUUUUCUAUUUAUCAAUUCCCUUAGAGACUUUGGAACCUAUAAAUGCAAAGCUAGUAACAGUUUUCCCAAUAAUACAAAAUACAGCAACGGUUUCAACUUUACAUUAGCAGAAGAGAGAAGUCAUUCUCAACCUCUGAUAAUUUCUCUUGGGCUGAUCCUGCUACUACUCAUAAUAGGAUUUGCUCUGGCAAUUCCAUUUUUCAUAAUUCCUUUGUAUAAAGCAAAAAAAUUUAAGUCUACCAGGCCCUCAAUUGGCCUUACCUCAACAGUGAAUGCAGAGGAGUUUGAAAAUGAAGUCAUAUACUCAGAGAUUGAACCUGUUAAACCAGAAGAAGAAUACAUCAACUUUUCUGUUAUUAGGAGAGAAGAGGAAAAAGGUAACCUGGAAGACCCAGACUUGACAGAAAACAGAUGCACCACCAAGUUUUAGCAGGACUGUUUGCAAAGAAACCACUGAGUCCAUGACAACGCUGAAACCAGUUCAGGCAAAGAUGUCUAAGAAAAUCCUUUUAUUCAACA